CGCUCUAGUAAGAACCUCGGAACGUCUGUAUCGUACAAUGGCAUUCAAAUUCGCCGUCUUCGCCGCCAUCGUGGCCGUCGCCAACGCCGUUGCCAUCGGCUACCCGGCUCCGCUUGGCGCAGUCCACGCUCCGUACGGAGCAGCCUACCACGCUCCUUUGGGAGCUGUCCACGCUCCGUACGGAGGAUACCACGCCCCUCUGGGAGCUUACCCGGCUGUGGCCAAGGUUGCCGCUCCGCUGGCUUACCCGGCCGUCGCUAAGGUUGCGGCUCCUUUGGCCGUCGCUAAGGUUACCGACGACUACGACCCGAACCCGCAGUACAGCUACAGCUAUCACAUUGCCGAUGCUCUGACGGGAGACAACAAGGAACAGCAGGAGUCGCGCUCGGGAGAUGUUGUCACCGGUUCCUACUCUCUGGUAGAGCCCGAUGGCACCCGCCGUGUCGUUGAGUACACCGCUGACCCCGUCAACGGAUUCAACGCCGUUGUCCACCGUCAGCCUCUGGCCGUCAAGGCUGUAGCCCCGGUUGCUGCCUAUCCUGCUGUGGCCAAGGUCGCUGCCCCGUACGGAUACCCCGCGUACGGCAAGGCCAUCCUCGGUUACCAUCAGAACCAAAGCACCGCCCUAGUAAGAACAACGGAAAAUCUUCAACCUAUAAUGGCAUUCAAAUUCGCUGUCUUCGCCGCCAUCGUGGCCGUCGCCAACGCCGUCGCCAUCGGAUACCCAGCCGCACUCGGUGCAGUCCACGCUCCUUACGGAGCAGCCUACCACGCACCUUUGGGAGGUUACCACGCUCCUUUGGGAGCCGUCCACGCUCCGUACGGAGGUUACCACGCACCUCUGGGAGCUUACCCGGCCGUCGCUAAGGUUGCUGCUCCUCUGGCCGUUGCUAAGGUUGCCGCCGACUACGACGCGAACCCGCAGUACAGCUACAGCUACCACAUUGCCGAUGCUCUGACCGGAGACAACAAGGAACAGCAGGAGUCGCGCUCGGGAGAUGUUGUCACUGGUUCCUACUCUCUGGUUGAGCCCGAUGGCACCCGUCGUGUCGUUGAGUACCAUGCUGACCCCGUCAACGGAUUCAACGCCGUUGUCCACCGUGAGCCUCUGGCCGUGAAGGCUGUGGCCCCAGUUGCUGCCUAUCCCGCCGUCGCCAAGGUCGCUGCCCCGUACGGAUACCCCGCGUACGGCAAGGCCAUCGUCGGUUAA